AUGGUAUUUCUACCUCGAAAACAUUUAGGGUCCAUUCCCGACAACAUCCCAAUCAGUGAGUUCAUGCUCAACGAGAAAUAUGGACGGGUUCCGCAUGACCAGUCCCGGGACCCUUACACCUGUGGUCUGACCGGCAAGACAUACUCAUCGCAAGAGAUGGUCGACCGAGUCGACUUUAUCACUCGUGGCCUGAGUAAAGAGCUGGGCUGGGUCCCAAGCUCUGGAUCAGAAUGGGAUAAGACAGUUGUUGUUUUCAGCUUGAACACUAUUGACACCAUGAUGUUAAUCUGGGCUAUUCACCAGCUCGAGGGUGUUGUGGCGCCAGCUAGUUCAUCAUAUUCAGCGAAUGAGUUGAAGCACCAGCUGCUAGACUGCAAGGCAAAGGUCUUGUUCACUUGUGUUCCCUUGUUGCCGAUCGCCUUGGAUGCAGCGGCCAAGGCUGGCUUCUCGAAGGAUCGAAUUUACUUGAUUGAUGUGCCGCAACAAAUCCUCGGGGGUACAAAACCACCGUCAGAGCUUAAAUCUCUUUCUCAGAUUGCCCAAGCUGGAAAGUCACUGCCACCAGCUGAGCCUGUCCAAUGGGGUCUAGGAGAGGCAGCUCGCCGGACCGCAUUUUUGUGCUAUUCGAGUGGAACAUCUGGUUUGCCGAAAGGAGUGAUGAUCUCCCAUCGCAAUGUCAUAGCUAAUAUUCUGCAAACCACCACUUUCGAGCAGGACUAUCGUGACGCCCAACCCCAACCAGCAAACGGCUUGUACACUGAAAUUGGGCAGUGCCUUCUCCCACAGAGCCAUAUUUACAGCCUGGUGGUUGUCUGUCACUCCGGAACUUAUCGUGGUGACCAGACUGUGGUACUUCCCAAGUUCGACAUGAAUUCUUAUCUAGCCUCCAUACACCGUUUCAAGAUCACUUCCCUCUUCCUUGUUCCUCCGGUCAUUAUCAACAUGAUGCGAAAUCAAAAACUAUGCUCUGAGUACGAUCUGAGUUCUGUCAAGUCUAUUUUCUCUGGCGCGGCUCCUUUGGCUUUGGAGCUAGCGAACGACUUCCUGAAAAUAUAUCCCGAUGUCUCUAUCCGACUGGCCUAUGGGUUGACGGAAACUGCCUGCGUGGUUUCUUCGAGCCAUCCUCAUGACAUCUGGCUCGGCUCUUCUGGGUCUUUGUUUCCCGGGGUCGAGGCGCGCAUCAUGUCCCCGGAUGGCCAGGAAAUCAUUACCUAUGAUACACCCGGCGAGCUUCUAGUGCGGAGUCCAAGCGUAGCCUUGGGCUAUCUGAGCAACGAAAAAGCGACCAAAGAAACAUUCCAAAAUGGAUGGAUGCGCACGGGAGAUGAAGCGAUCGUCCGCAUCAGUCCCAGUGGUACCGAGCAUAUUUUCAUUGUCGAUCGGAUCAAGGAGCUGAUCAAGGUCAAGGGUUUGCAAGUGGCUCCUGCAGAGCUCGAAGCCCAUCUCCUUGCUCAUCCAGACGUGGCGGAUUGCGCAGUUGUUGGGAUUCCCGAUGACACCGCAGGCGAAGUUCCCAAGGCAAUCAUUGUGAAGUCUCCGUUCGCCAGUUCAGACGACGAAGCAGCCAUCCGGGUCAUUAGUAAAUUUGUGCAGGACAAUAAGGCUCGUCACAAGUGGCUCAAAGGUGGCAUUAGGUUUGUGGAUGAUAUCCCCAAGAGCCCGAGUGGUAAGAUUCUUCGGCGCUUCAUUCGGGAUCAAGAGAAAGAACUCCGCAGAAAGGCCGGUGCCAAGAUCUAG